AUGAUUGUGAUCCAGAAUGUGGGGACCAGUUCCCCAACAAGGAUUAGGAGACAGUGGGUGAAAAGGAUUCAGUGGGGUGGCCUCCUGGGGCUAAUGAUCCUCAUCUAUGGCUCUCAUGCACCACUCAUCACUCUCACCAAAGUUGACGGUCGAAUCCCUUUCGACCCCUCAUCAUGUGUCGUCAUGAUUGAGUUAGCUAAACUGCUCAUCUCUCUGGCGACCCUUCUUCUAACUGGGGGUGCAUCUGCCUUACAUGCUCCUCCACCUCUGCUCCUUGUGGCCCCCUAUGCCGUCCCUGCCAUACUCUACGCCCUCAACAACAACCUGGUAGUUCUUAUGCAGGCCUACAUGGACCCAAGCUCAUACCAGGUCCUCUCUAAUCUUAAAAUUGCCUCCACUGCUGUGCUGUACUCUGUGUGCCUGGGCAAGAGGCUUCGGCCUGCUCAGUGGUUGGCCCUGGGGUUCCUCAUGGCUGCAGGGGUGUGUCACAGCUACAGCACCCUGGAUCUGGGGUACCUUGAGAGGGCUGAAGCUGAGGAAGGUCCCAGGCUUCAUAUCACAGCCUGGGGGCUUUUCCUUGUGCUGGUGUACUGUUGUGUUUCAGGACUGGCAGCAGUUUACACAGAGAGGGUGCUGAAGAGCCAGAAGCUGCCCCUCAGCCUGCAGAAUCUCUACCUCUAUGUAUUUGGUGUAGCUAUCAAUGGGCUGUCCUCCUUCUCCUCUUUAACAAGCGAAAAGAGCUUCCUGGAGGGAUACUCAGGGGUGGUUUGGGUCAUUAUAGCAGGGCAGGCAGCUAACGGACUCCUAAUGUCUGUGGUGCUCAAGCACGGCAGCGGGAUCACCAGGCUCUUUGUCAUUUCCUGCUCCAUGCUGGUUAAUGCCCUGUUGUCUUGGGCCACCUUAGGCCUGCAGCUCACUCCUUUUUUCCUCCUACCAGUUUCUAUGAUUGGGCUGGCAGCUUAUCUCUAUUACAUGUAGAAGUGUGGACACCAAAUGAAAAACAAGUCCAACUUAAUCUAAA